AUGAGUGUCACUUUUGAGGUUUUCCGCGGCUCCAACGAGGGCAAGAUCGUGGCCGACAAGACCACCCGUGUCCUGGAGCCCAACGAGGUCUACAUCGAGACAACACACUCCGGUCUGUGUGGUACAGAUGAACACUACCUCACUUCCGGCAUAGCUCUCGGCCAUGAGGGUGUCGGUAUCGUUCGCCAGCUGGGCCGGGACGUCACCAGUGUAAAGGUUGGAGCGCGUGUUGGAUUUGGAUACACACACUACGUGUGUGGAAACUGCGAGAAGUGCUUAUCUGGCUGGGACCAAUACUGCGAGAAUAAGAAGGAAUACGGCUCACACGACCACGACCUAGGCUCGUUCAGCGGCGGCACCGUUUGGGACGCUCGAUGCGUCGUCCCCAUCCCGGACGGCUAUGAGUCCGCUGACGCCGCGCCCAUGAUGUGUGCCGGUGCCACCGUCUGGACCUGUCUGAUAGAGUACGGCGUCAAGCCGAUCGACCGGGUGGCUGUCAUGGGUGUCGGUGGUCUGGGCCACCUAGCCAUCAAGCUCGCUUCGGCGAUGGGCUGCCACGUGGUUGUUUUGUCCAGCUCAGAGGCGAAGCGCAAGGAGGCUUUCGAGUUCGGCGCAUCCGAAUACCACGUCUUCCACAAGGGUGAAGAACUCAAGGACUUCAAGCCUGUGAACCACCUGCUGCUUUGCGGCAGCGGCAGUGUCGACUACUCCAGCCUCAUCCCAAUUAUGGAUGUGCAUGGCUCAAUCUACCCCUUGACUGUCGACAUGGUUCCCUCGCCCGUUCCCCUUGUGUUCAUGAAUCUCAAGGGCAUCCGUAUCCAGGGUUCGCUUGUUGCAUCGCGCCGCAGUCUGCGUUCAUUGCUUGAGUUUGUUGCCGCUAAGAAGAUUACCCCGACUAGCAUGAUCUUCCCCUUGACCACCGAAGGUAUCGAGACUGCUAUGCAGACUCUGCGUGGUGGAAAGAUGAGAUACCGCGGUGUUCUGGUUCGGGAGUAA